AUUUUAACCGCCAGGCGGAAUCGAGAUUAAACAUCAGACGAGCACAAUGGGUCAAUCUGUGUUUAUUUUUUCUCGAAACACAAUAUCAGACGAGCUCGUUGGGUCAUCUAAGUAUCAUGGAUGAUUUUAACCGCCAGGCGGAAUCGAGAUUAAACAUCAGACGAGCACAACAAUAUCAGACAAGCUCGAUGGGUCAUCUGAGUAGCAUGGAUGACCUAAUAUCACACAAACUCGAUGGACAAAUUCUUAAGAACACCCGUCUCGAAAAUCAACAUCAGACAAGCUUGGAAGUGUGA